AUGACUACAUCUAAUACUCAAUCUCAUAUUUAUAUGCCUGUACCAAGUUCAAUAUUUUUAUUUUUUGAAUUAAUUGAAACAUCAUUAAAUAUUACAUCAUUAAUAUUAACUAUUAUUGAUACAUUAGAACGUUUAAAGAUCUUAUUUGAAAAUCGUACCCAUUUUAUGACAUUAUAUAUGUCAUCAUUAUGUCUUAGAUCUGUUGGUAUAUUACAACGUUAUCAAAAUAUAUUAUUUACAAUGGGUGAUAUAUCAUGUCGUUUAUUUCCUACAUUAAUUGAACAAGUUAGACAAGUAAAAGAACCAACUCAAUGUGGACCAUUAGAACGUUGUAUAUUAAUUUAUUUAAAUGAUUUAUUUACAUCAAAUAUUGUUAUUAAAACACGUUUUACACCAAUAUAUGGUAAAGCACAUCAAAAAGUUAAUGCAUUAUUACGUCGUAUUGAUCCAAAUGAUGGUAUAGGACAAUUUGAUCCAGAUUAUGCUAAUGAUUUAAUAACAAUAACAUCAAUGGAUAAUGUUACAUCAUUUCGUGCAUAUGCUGAUGAUUUACGUAAUAAACCUGAUUCACGUUAUAGUUUUGUAUGUAAAGCAAUUAUAUGGAUAUGUCAAGCUAAAACAAUUGAACAUGUUAAUUAUUUAUGUGGUUUAUGCGCUGAAUUAACAUCACAAUGUAGUGAAUUAACAUCAGAAUGGCUUGGAGCAUUCUAUGCUAUAUUAGCACCACAUUCUUAUGUACAUGGUUAUAGUCCAUUAAUUAAUACUAUUGAUCCAAGUCAAAUAUGGAUAUAUGAUAAUUUAAGUUCUUUAAUUGGUACAUUAUUAUCACGUUAUUGUUUUACUAUAUCAGAUUUUUUACGUUUAGUUAUAUGUCCAGCAAUGGCUCAAGGUUUAGAUAAUGUUACACAACCAGUUAGUGUACAAUUAAAAUCAAUUAUCUCUUUAGCUUUUAGUUCAUUACAAACAACUUCUAAUGUAUUAACACCAAAUCCUGAUAUGAAUUUAUCAAAUACUACUACUACUAAUACUAAUACUACUGAUAACUUAUCAAAUUCACCAACAUCUCCGCCUUUUCGUAUUUCAGAACCAUUAUUAUUAACUGCUGCUUUACAAAAAGUUACUUCAGAAUUUCUUGUUGAUGUUUUAAAAAUGCUUAUUGUUCAUAGUGACAAAGCAUCAGUUGAUAAUAAUAAUAAUAAUACUGGAUUUUGUUCACAAGAAGAUAUUAUAGACGAAACUGAUAAUGCUACAGGAAAUGAUGAUAAUAAUGAAGAUAGUGAUGCAAAUCAAGAUGAUGAUGGUGGUGAUGAAGAACAUGAUGAUGAAAAUGAUGACAAUGAUGAUGGUGGUGGUGGUGGUGGUGGAACAUCAAAUGCACAAGAUAAUCUUGAUGAUUUAACAGAUAUUGAUUCAGAAGGAGACAAUUCAAUCUUACGAAAUGCAACACGUAAACGUACUCGAACAAUAUUACAACCACAUCAAAAAGAUAAUAAUAAUAAUAAAUCAAAACGAUUUAAAUCUCGACAUAAUCGUCGUCUUACUAAUCGUAAAUCUAUUUCAAAAAUACAUUAUAUUAUACAAAGAUUUUUAGAACAUGAUAUAUUACCAACAACUAUAGAAUUACGUACAUUACCAUUAAAUGCAUUAACACAAUUAGUAUUACGUGAAAUAUGUACAAUAUCAUGGGUACGUGAACGUUUUUAUCAAAUGACAUCCAAUCAAUUAAUACGUGAAAAUGUAUUAAUUGAUAAAAAUUUUACACAAAGUCAAGCAAGACGUUUAUUACAUAUUAUAUAUUGGCCAUAUGAUAUAACAUGGAUUGAUAUAGCAUCAACAAAUGAAGGUUUAUCUGGUGCUAUGUGUCAUAUAUUACAUAAUUUAAAUAUAUGGACAUUAAAAUGUACACAAAUUGAAUUUCAAUUAUUAUAUUCACAAAUAUCAUUUUCACAACAAACUGAAGUACUUGGUUAUUUAGCACAAUCAAUUGUACAUGGAUUUCAAUCACAAAUUAUUAAUUGGCUUGAUUAUAAUAAUAAUAAUACGACUGUUUCUAUGACAACUAAUAAUAAUAAUAAUAAUGUUACUACGACGACUACAAGUAAUAAUAAUAAUACUACUACUGCUACUAAUAAUAAUAGUAAUUAUAUGAAUUUUCAAGAAGGUUCAAUUGGACAUUUAAUUGAUGAUUUACCAAUUAUUGAAUUAGAUGAUAAUGAUCCAGUUUGGUUAUUUCCUGCAUUAAUUGCUAAAUUACCAAAAUCAUUAAAAGCUCAAAUUGUAAAAGUUACAUCUGAGAUCUUAAAAGGUAUCAAAAAUUUUUGGAAACAUAAAAAUGAUGAAGAUAAAGAAAGUAUUUUAUUACAUCAUUCUAUUUUAUUAACUCAUCCAACAUUUUUUUCAUUAUUACAAAUAUGUUUACCAGAUUGUGAUUUUAUCAUUGAUUCAUUAUAUGAACAAAUUGAAUAUUUCUUAUUGAAUUCACGUCAUUUAAUUGAUCAUGUCCCAGAAAAUUUACAUACCCGCCAAAUUAUACAAAAUUGUUUAAAAUAUCGUUUAAUAUUAAUUGGACAAAAAUUUCAUAUUAUACAAUUAGAUAUUGAUAUGACUAUACGUUGGAUUACUCUAUUGACUCAAUUAAUUAGUUAUGGAAUAAUAGAACCUGAAUCUAAUUCUAUCUUAUUUUAUAUAGUUUAUGAUAUGUUACAACUAUUAAUUCAUACAUUGACAUCACGUACUGGUAUUGAAGGGAAACAUUAUCAAAUGAUUGCAAAAAAAUUACGUCGUGAAUUAUUAGAACAUCCAUCUAAUACUGGUAUUGAAUAUAUACGUCCAUUAUUAUUAUUAACAAAAAAUUCAUAUACAAUAUUUGUUACUGGGCGUCAAAUACGUCAUCAUGGAUCACGUGGUGGAUUAUCAAAUAUGAAUAGUGGAACACUUGGUACUAGUAGCAGUAAUAGUGGUGGUAGUGGUAGUGGUACUGGAUCCAGUGGAGGUGGUAGUGGUAUUGGUUCAAGUGGUAUUAAUAAUAAUAAUAAUAGUAAUAAAUUAAGUAAUUCAAAAGGUUCAGGUAAAGCUGGAAAUUGUUUAUUAACUGGUGCAUCAAGAUUUCUUACUUCAUCAUCAUCAUCAUCUAAUUCUAUACUACAAUCGGGUAGUGUUGGUCAAUUUAAAAGGCAUGGAUAUCAAUUAUUAGGUAAAGAACGUUUUAAUCCAUGGGAAAUUUAUGAUCCAAGUAAACAACCAUUAUUAUUAUCUAUUCAUGGUGCUGUAAAUACAGAAUCUAUAUUGUCACGUAUUGAAGAACAAGCAAAUCGUUUAAUACGUCAUGAUCAUUUUCAUAGAAUGUAUCGUCCACCAGAAUUUUAUAUGAUACCAAUUUAUCCACAGACAUUUGAUGAAGAUAUAUCAAUGAAUCAUGUUAAACUAUCUGAUGUUGGUGAACAUGAUAAUUCUGAUAUGAUUAAAAUGAUAAAAACAGAAAAUUCCAAUAAUAAUAAUAAUGAUACUACUAAUAAUAUUACUAACAACACUUCUAUAAGUAGUAUAUACAACAAAAAUCAUAACAGUAAUUCUAUGGAUGUAAUGAGAGAGUCUCAAAUAUUAUCGUUAAAUGAUAUGACACAAUUAUCUGAGACAAAUUUAUCUGAAUGUUCAAAUCAAUUUCUAUCGAUCAAUGGUAGUAAUAAUAACAAUAUUAAUAUUAGAAGUGGGGAGUCGAACAGUAAUUAUCAUCAAUCUACUAGUGGUGUAUUAUAUGAUCAAAAACAUAAUAUCUCUUCUAUAUCAUGUCAUUCUACAAAUAAUUUAAUGUUUAAUGAAUCGAAUUCAUCAAUAAAAUCUGUUAAUCAAAUUGAUUGUGGUAAUACUAAUAUGAUGAUGUCAAUGAUGAUGAUGACAACAUCUUCUGGGUCAACAACCGUUGAUACUACAACGAAUAAUAGUAAUAGUAUGCAAAUUGGACGUGGGAAAUUGUUGAAUACCAGAAAUGAUGUUGAAAUAAAUGAUAAAUUAUCAUUAAAUAAUCGUAUUAAUGCUUUUCAACCAUCCUCAUCGGGAUCCUUAGGAGGAGGGACUAUUGGUAGUGGUAUUGGUGUUGUAUCGUCUUCGUCAUCUUCAUUACAAAUUCACUCACAUCCACAACAAAUUCAUGGGCAUCAUCAUCAUCAUCAUCAACAACAACAACAGAUACAUUUAAAUUCAGAUCAGGCAUAUACUAAUUCAACGCGUAAAUUACCAUCUCAACAAACUGUUUUGAAUGAUUAUUCGAAUCCGAAUGAAUUAGAUCAACGAUCUAUGAAUAAUGUGAAUCAUUGUGUAACAUUAGCAGGACAUAUGAAUACAAUCACAUAUCCUCUCAGUCAUCAUCAUAAUCAUCAAAUGGAUGUUAAUUUGCAUAAAACUAAUAAACUAUUAGGUAUGGAGUAUAAUGACAGAUUGAUUGCAUCUCAGUCAUCAACAUCAUCUCAACAACAAAUUCAAAUUAAUCCAACAGGAACAUCUUCAAUACCACCGCCUUCAAAUAAUGCUACUAUGCUAUCAACACCGAUGAAUAACAGUGUCGUCGCUGGCCAUGUGUUGACAUCAGCAGCGAAAACAGCAACAACAACGACAAAACGUAAACGAGGAUCAGGACGUCGUGGUGGUGGUGGUAAUAUAACAUCAGAUAGAAAUUCUAUACGUCCCAGUAGUGCAACUACUCGUGGUGGUAUGCAUACCACUGGUUCAGUGAAUGUCGUAGGCUAUGAAAGGAUGAAUAGUAAUAGUACUAAUAAUAGUUCCGUAAAUUUAUACUCUUAUAAUAUUAUAAAUCCGGAACAACAAGUCAAUGAAUCCAAUCACCAAUGGCCAAACAAACAAAAUGUUUAUAAUAUGAAUUUACUUGAAAUGCAACAACAACAACCGCCAUCAUCCACUCGUGGACAUCAUCAGCAACAACAUUUGGCUAAUUUAAGCGGUUUCUUGCGUAAUCGUGCCCAGCAGCACCAUCAACAACAACAACAACUUCAUCCUGAGCAGUCGUAUGGAUCAAGUUUCAGUGCAAAUAACCCUGUUGUUUUGUCGCAUCAAGGUCAUGUGUUUGACCAAUCACAACUGAGUAGCCAAUUUAACCAAUCUAAUACUCAUCUGGUUGAUAGUCCAUCUGGCUCACUAAGACGGCAUUUAACAACAAGUGGAGGUGGGGCUGGCAAUGUUGCUCGAUCUAUGCAACAGUCAUCUCAACAACAAUCUCAUCAAAUUCUCAGUCAUCCUACUGGAACACCCCAACAACUUCCACCUGGUAUGCCAAAUCCACCACCUUAUCCAAUAUCUAAUCAUCAAUCUCAACAAUAUUCAUUUCGUGCUCCUCCAUCUGAUGAAGCUAAUUAUAUGAUGAAUACAAAUGAAUCAAGUAUCGAUGAGCAAUUUAAACGACAGUCGAUAAAUCCUGUCAUGAAUUCUAUUCAUCAAUCUGGUACAACAAUAAUGUCACGUUCAUCAACUUAUGAAUCUCCAGCUAGUCAUCUACAAACUGAUGUUCCAUCACAACAACAACAACAACAUAUGUCUUAUAUACCGUCACAAGUUGAUACACCAUUAAAUCAAUCUAGAAUUCAUUCUCGUAUUAUUAACCAAUCUCAAUCUAAUCAAAUGAUUCGAUCUGAUAUAACACCAACAACAGUAAUAAAUACUGGUAAUAAUAAUCAACCAUCUCAUAUGUCAAAUCUACCUCACUCAUCAUAUUCACGUUAUACUGGUUACUAA